ACGACGAGCGCGUCUAAUUGGCGCGAGAGCCCUAACCAUUGACAACAUAAUUGAGAGCGAAAUGCCUAAAAUCGGGAGGCAACAGUGCGUCCGACCGGAGCGACUCAAUGGGCCGCGGCUGUUGAAUGGCAAACAGAGUGGGGAUGCUGUUAUCUGUUUUAUCUCGUGGACCACGCAGUGUUGGCUUCGCAUCUCUCGCAGGGAGAGCUCUCACUCAUCGGGGAACACUGGCGUGACAUUCCACAGGCACCAUGCACUUGACGCCAGCGGCACUCGCCCUGCUGCUAUUCAUCAAGGGCUGCGCGUCGGGCGCCCUUUCCACCAACGUCGCCGCUGCCGCCCAAGUCCAGGCCCACACGUCCAAACAGACCGUGCCGCAGAUCUUAGCCUCCUUAGAAGAGAGGUUGAAAUCCCUGGGCGAGGCAUUGAAAGGGCAGUCGCACGUCGAGUUUGCCAACACUGAGGUGGACCUCGAGGGAUUGGCGCGCAGACUGGAGGCGGUCGAAACGCGACUGGGACGGAUCGAGGGCUCGCUCGACACAAGACUGAACACCCUAUCUGAGAACUUAGGAAGGCGCCAGGGUAAAGAGGAAAUGGCAGCAGAAACCACGAACAACAAACUCCAGAGCAUUUCAGAAACGAUUUUUAAUAAAAUGGGCCACUUGGAGGCGAAAAUGGACUUUCUGAUGAGGCACCCGACAGAAGUGCAGGGGGCCGUGAAAAAAGACUUCUCGACCAGCUCGGCCUGCUGCCACCAGUUAACGGGGACGAUAACGUCUGGAGAAAAUCGGCUGAGGAAAGAAAUUGGUCUGGUUGACAAAAAAGUGGAAGAAAUUAAGACAAGUCUCAAAAACAUCGAGGGACUCGACUUCAGCACAAUAAUUCAGACUUUGUCGCAAAACAUCAUCGGCUUUUUAACGAGGAGCCACAACACAUUAAUGGAUCUGGUGAAAACUGAAAUUGGCAAUUUGGAAACCAAGGUGCGGGAAAUCAGCACGGAUCUUUGGAGUCGGACGGUGAUCAUUGAAAACAAAGUAGUGCAAACUUCGGCCGUCGCAAAUCACACCUACAGCCACAUCCUCGAGUUCCUCAGAAGGGCAGGCUAUCAGGGUCAAUUUCCACAGCAAUUUCCUCAGACAUAUUACCAAGCUCCAGCUGCCGAAAUUUCUCGGAUAACAAGUAAAAUCAACCAGCUCGGGAGAGACAUGGGGUUCAGACUGAUCAACUUGCAAGAGGCCCAGGACCAGUUGAAGAACAGCUGCCGCAGAAUACAGGACAGAGAGAUGCCCAUUGAAAAAUCCAUUGAAAACUACCUGAUUCGCAUUCACGAAAACUUCAUCAAUGAAACCAUAGAAACGAAGCGCCUCUUGGACACUUUCUACAGCACGGACUUACGAGUUUCUCGCGAGUUGGAAAAACUGCACGGAAUCUCAGAGAAAAUUAGCGAGGUGGCCACCGGGGACGCCAAAAAUAUUUUCAAGGCGUUGAAUAUUUUAAGAGACACCAUUCAGGAGCACAAGAAGGAGUUCACGGUUGAUACAGUAGCGACCAGAGUUACUGAAGAUUUGAAACCAAUCCUGCUCAAAUUUGUGGACGAGUCGGUUUUGGAAGGCAGCUCGUACGCUCAAACCAACAGCAGCAUUUUCAGCGAGCUGGAGGAUAUAAUUUCGCAAAACAAGAACAACUCAACUGAGGAAAUAACUGCCACAGAGCCUGACUUGCCGGAAUUAUUGGGAAAAGAAAAGCUAGACGAAGAUGAGUAUGUGGAAUUGCAAGCUGCACAGGACACAAAGGAUGGAGACGAAAGUUAAUUUAAUUUUUAUAAUAAAUAUUGUUUUAAAAUGAAAAAUGUAUGAAAUACUUAAAUUCUGAUGAACACUGCCAAAAAUAAAAAAUAAAACUUGUUUAAAUGCCGA